UGUCUAGUACUUCGACUAGCUUAGCCGUAAUGUCUUUAGUCGGUAGUCUCCUCUUCUGCACCACCUGUGGGAGUCUGUUGGAUAGGGAGCCUUCCACCACUAAACUCAUCUCGUGCCAACUGUGCGGAGAGUCAAACAAAAACAGCUGGCCUAUUUCGAUUCAAACAACCUCCAAGCCGGACGCAUUUCCUUCCUCUCUUCAGCAAAAGCGAAGCGAGAUUCAGACGAUAAAUGAGGACGAUGUACAGACAUGGGGUGAGACUCCUCAAGCUUGCCCGUCUUGCAGUAAUCCUGUGAUGCUGUUCACGAAUCUUCAAUUGCGUGGAGCCGACGAAGGAACUACGGUCUUUUAUCGUUGUCCUAAAUGCAAUCACAGUUCCAAAAUGGACAAUUAAUGCGACGAAGUUACUUGGCAACGACUUUCUUCAGGCGGCAGGGUAUCUUCUGUUGGAGUAAGUGAAUGUCCGAAUAUUCGCGGUGGAAUCCAGACAGAGGCGCCAGUAGACUUGACGGCAUUAAAAUCACAUCAGCGAAGCUCCUGAAGGAUUGAUCUGAAUGUUGAAUGUUACAACUGCCAACGAUAGCAGCAUGUAGUAAUUUGGACGUACUUAGUACGCCUGACACUUGAACAACAAUCCAUCACAAUGCCUAUUACCACU